AUGAAUUCUCCAUUAUUUACUGUACUUUUACUUAUUCUGGGUGUUGUCUUCUUUCAACCAACACAUCAAUAUCGGCUUUCCAAACGUGAAAUAACCGAAGAUGUUUUAUUCGACUACAUUGUCAAAACAUGUUCAGCAGACAAUACCGCUGAGCCUUUCCAGAAGCUCUGUGAUCAAACAUUACGAUCGGCACUUAUGGGUGCCUUCCAACCUUUGACCAACUAUUGCCAGCAAAGCGGUGCCGGAAUGAGAUAUUGCAAGGAUCUCAAUCGACAAAUGGUUAUCAAUCAAAAUGCCAGAGCUAAAAAAUUCCUCUUUCGACGACUUGCACGCACUGUUCAUGAAGAUCAAGAGAUGAAUACCGAACCUGACCUCGAACAAGAAUUGAUUAUGCAAAUGUGUAUAAUAGAAACAGGAAAGAAUUCAGUUGAUAUGAAUCAGUUCUGCGAACGAAAAGCCUCAGAGAUUCAGCAAGGACAAUUUCCUCGAAUUGAACUUCUUUGCAAAUCUUACCCUGAUUCGCGAUAUUGUCAACAAAUUCAAGCGUAUGUUUCGUUGGUCAACUCGGUUCCAUCAUUCGAUACUGAAUGA